AUGGCACCAAAGAAAGACGUGAAGAAGCCUGCUGCUGCCCCUGCCCCAGCCCCGGCCCCGGCCCCCGCCCCAGCCAAACCUAAAGAAGAAAAAAUCGACCUGUCUGCUAUUAAGAUCGAGUUCUCUAAGGAGCAGCAGGAUGAAUUCAAGGAGGCGUUUCUCCUGUUUGACAGAACAGGAGAAAGCAAGAUCACUUUAAGUCAAGUGGGAGAUGUCCUCCGGGCUCUGGGCACAAACCCCACCAAUGCAGAGGUCAAGAAGGUUCUGGGGAACCCGAGCAAUGAAGAGAUGAAUGCUAAGAAAAUUGAGUUUGAACAAUUUCUGCCCAUGAUGCAAGCAAUCUCCAACAACAAGGACCAGGGAGGCUAUGAAGAUUUUGUUGAGGGUCUGCGUGUCUUUGACAAGGAGGGCAAUGGCACCGUGAUGGGUGCUGAACUCCGCCAUGUCCUUGCCACUCUGGGUGAGAAGAUGAAGGAGGAAGAAGUGGAAACAUUGCUGGCAGGCCAGGAAGACUCCAAUGGCUGCAUCAACUAUGAAGGUACAGCCAGCCUACACCUUCUGCUUUAG